AUGGGCGAUCUUGGUCAGCAAAGCAAAAGUUCGCAGACUCAAUAUCCAAAACGGCAAGUAGAAUCCGACGAUCGCAACGGCGAAGGCCUUUUUUUAGAAGAAAACAAUUCUUUCUUGGCAAAAAAUUAUUUCGGACCAGCAAUAGGUCGCCCUGCUACACUACAGGACAUGGAUUCCGAGGACACUUCUUCAUUAUCAAGUGCUAGCACGACAUUAAGAAAAGGCAAACAUUUCGAUUCAUCUGAUAAACAUUCCUCGUCGAUACAAGGCAAAAAACUAAAUAAUCCCGUAACGAUUAGCGAGGAUUCGAGGGCUUUCCUUUCAAGUCUGUCCCCAGAAACUCAAAGCAUUAUCAGUUCUGUAAGAUCCUCAAGCAGUACUAUUAAUGAACACAGAAAGAAACCCAAUGUAUCACGUUCUAUGGUAGAUGAAAUAUUGAGAGAAGCUAGAUUGAAGGCUGCGACCCGUGCUUUGGAAAGUGGUUCGUCAAACUCCUCGAGAAAAUCAGAUGUGCAACGGUCGAAAGGUGGUGAAAGCCAUAAGAACGACGAGACUGAGAUUAAUCAUAUACAUAGGUCAAUGGAUUCGAAAAAAUAUUCGAUAACGACGGCAGAUGAGUACGAUCAUGUAGUAGAAAGCAGGCAAGGUAACAACGCGUAUGAAGAAGCUAGACUCGAAUCAAGACAAGAUUCGGGAUUCACCGCCGAUGAUUGGAUCGACGAACAGGCAAGACUCAAAAAAGAUGACAAGUCGCAACAAAUUGAAACUGCGAAAAAUUCAGAAGACACGACAAAAAAUCGUCCUCCAUCGCGUAUGUCUUUACCAACUCGUCUGGCAAGUUUAAUAGGUAUUCAUACUGGAGAUUCGAGUUCAACAAAAGCAGAAAAUAAUCGCGAUAUGAAUGGUACAUCAGGUAGCACGGUCUACAAUGAAACCUUUUCAUCCGAAUCAAAAGAACUUAAUCAUAAUAGUGCUGCUGCUUCCAGCCUGGACGAAAAAACCACCAGUAAAGGCAUCGUUUCCAAUGAAGCUGACAAUUCUAAGAAAGUGCCUGACAUAUCUAUCGAUACAAACAUCGGGAAACCGCGUAAAGAACAAAGAUAUGUGGUAAGAUCUCCAGCUUCCCCACGAUAUACUAAAAAACGAACUGUGAUUCGUCGCGCGAAUGUUAGAAUUCACCCAAAAAAUCCUUCCGAUACAUCGGAUGAUUACCAACGGAACUCCAAAUCACCCCUAAAAACCGUGGAAAUAUCUAAUGAGUUGGAUGAAAUAUCGGCACAAUUUCAAGAUGCCCUUGGUGAAUUCUCGAAAAGAUACCAAGAUUCGACUGUGGCACUUGCAGAAAAAUCACACCUUCUAAAGAAAAACCAAGAGUUGUGGCAUAUUCUUGCUGCUAAAGAAGAAGAGAUCGAUUGUUUAAAGAACGAAUUAUGGGAAGCCGGUAAUAAGAUUCAAGAUUACGAGGCAGACCUUAAGGACAUUAUUAUACAGCAACAGGAACCUCUCGCUCUCAAUCAAGAAGACUUAAUUCGCAUUGAAAGAGAGAUCGAAGAUCAGGAAGUUUUGAUUAGUGGAUAUCAAAAGGAAAACGAUAAAUUAAUGAACGAAUUAAAAAGCAUGAAUGAAAAGUUAAGGUCUGCUGAUAGGGAACAGGAGGAGCAACAUUCCAAUAUUAGCGAAUUGCACAAGGAAAAUGAGAAGUUAAAGGAAUUACUACAUGAGAAAGAAUCUCAGGAGUCCUUACCUGAGGGUGCCGCGCAACAAAUAGAGGAUAUGAAAAAAGAAAUUGAAAGAUUAAGGGAAAAAGAGAAAUCACAUGAUUUUAAAGACAUUGCGUUGAAAGAAAUGGAGGAAUUGAAAAAAGAAUUAAGUGUACUAAGGGAUAGGGAUAGUGAAUAUAUGAUCAAAGUCGAUGAUUUAGAACAUCAAUUAUCUAAAGCUCGGGACGAAGUCGAAGAAAUAACACGAUCAAAAACAGAAUCUCUCGAGAAUUUAACAGAAGAAAUGAACAUGAUGAAAUUCACAUAUGAAUCACAAAUUGAGAAAGUGAAGAAGGAUGCUACCUCCAAGGAAGCCAAAGAACAACGUUUCCGUAAAUUACAGAGCGCACUAGAAAAAAUUGAGGAUCUAAUAAACACUUCCGAAGUAACAAAAAUCUGUACAGAUUUACGAAGGACUAACAUUCUACCACCGAAAAAAAGGCGCAAGUCUACAAGCGAAGUUUCAAAGGACACUUAUGGAUAUGGUAGCACUGAAACUCGUUCACCCCGCUCUCCCACAACCAAAACUCUGAGAAGAAGCCCAUCACGCUCAUCUAUGAGCAAGUCUCGAGCGAGUUCCAUUAGUCGUACUGUGAGUCCUACUCCCUCCAUGCAAUCUAGUGUGAGCGCAUUCAGUAGUAAGACAGAUCUUCAUGACGAUAGCUUGUUUGACAGCGAAGAAGUCAUCGAAUUAAGAGAGAAGGUUAUGAAACUUGAAGAAGAAAGUAACUCAUCUCGAGAAUUAGCGGAAAAGUUAGAAGACGAGUUGAAGCUAGCGAAGGAAAUAAAAACCAGACUAGAGGAAACAAUAGAUAGUCUUAAGAAAGAACAUGCUGAAUACAAGGAACAACAUGACCGUAAAAUGCACGAGAUGGAGGAAUUAGUAAUGCUAAUUCAAUCGGAUACAUUAGAGACCAACGAAGAAGAAAAAGUCACUACACCUAAUCCUCCACCAGUAGUUACUGAUCCAAAUCUUCUAAAAGAAUUGAACAAUAAGCAAAGCAUUAUCGAAGAAUUGGUUGCGAAGCUUAAGAGGAAGGAAGAGCAAUUAGAGUACUAUCAAAAUGCUUAUCUUGAAAAAACUGAAGAAUUUGAACAGUUAAUUGAACGUACACAAGCUCAGGCUCAGGGAGUAGCCGGUGCAAGUCCACCACCGGCUUCAGUAUCUAAUGAUGAUUCUAUUCCAAAUAACAGUAAUGCUUUGAAAUACCUUAACGAUGCUUUACCUGGUGACGAAUUAGGUGACCUUUCCUCACUACCAAUUACCAGUGAUAUUAUGGGUCUUUUUGGAGGUCUUGGUGACGAUGGAGAAUUUUCAGUGAUAGAAAAGCUUAUUGCACAAUUAGAAAGGACCAUUGUUGAGAGGACAAUGCAACGAGAUGCAGCACAUCAAAGAGCUACAGAUGCUGAAUCAAAAUUAUUAGCAAUUUCAAGGGAAAAAAUGUCAUGGGGAAGCGGAUACGAUACAACGGUUAAACAGCUCAAAACCCAGGUUCAGCAGUUACAAGAGCUAUUACAAUUAGAGAGGAAAGCAGCACGAAAGACCAAUAAUUCUGCAACUCUCUCCGAAAAAGAAUCUACUAUGGAAAAUGAUGAAAGUAAACUUGUAUCAAAUGAACCAAAGCCUCCAACAUCGACUGAACAGAAACCGUCAAACCCUCCAUCAGAUGACCAGUCAUCCAGCUCUGAUCUCAGAAAACUCCGUAGUCAAAUCGAGUCGCUUACUGCGGAAAACAUUACGCUGAGAACUCAAUUGAAAACUUCGGAAGCCGUAAGACAAGCAGUUCACGAAAAUACAUUGACCAUUUUACAACAAAAUAACAAAUACAAUCUCGCCACCGACGAAGACGAAUCAGGAUUAAGAAAAUUGGCAAUGGAGAAAGAUGCUGAAGUCAGUGUGUGGAAAGGAAGAUGUGCUGGUUUGGAACACGUCGUUGAAAGGCAGCGCGAGCUACUUGCUCAUGUGGUUCCUACGGUCAAAAAGGGUCAGAUAAAUGAAAAACAUACGGGAAAGUUAUUCGACGAUGAUGCUAUAGAUAUAAAGGAAUUCGCAGGCCUUAAUGAAAAUGCUAAACAAAUAAUUCAGAAACUCCAUGAGGAAAAUGUAUUAAUGAGGCAAGCUCUCUCAAUAUGUUGUCAGCAGUCAAAUGGAAAAAUUGACGAUGCACCACCUAAAUAUACUCCUUUGGAACCCAAUGCGAAAUCUACACCUACAGCAGUUCAACUUGAAGCCCUAGGAUUGCAGAUCUCUGAGAUGGAAGCCCGCUUCCUUAAAAGAGAGAAGGAAUUACAAGAAGUGAUAGCCGAUACUAAACGCCAAGGGGAGUUACAAUUAGAACGUUGGAGGGCAAAAUGGGGUGCUAUAAUUGACAAGAAAAAUUCUGAAAUAAAGGGUUUCAGGAAUGAGCUGGAAGCUUUAAUGAAAUGCUUGGGAAAUCUUGAUAUAGGGAAUGGUGGUGGGAUAAGUAAUGGAAUAAUACCAAAUUCGAUUACGAAAAAUAUCAGUUAA